AUGUCUGAAGAAUUGCCUCCCUUACCUCCUCGCAAGAGCGUAGAGACUGAAUCAGAACCGCAAGUGCCGGUUCCACCCGAGCUUCCGCCACGAGAACCGGUCAAUACCGAGACACCAGCUAAAGUGCCAGUGAGCUACACGUACUCCGACCUGUUGCUGACAAUUUCGGUCAUUCGACAAGACGAAUUGUACGGGCUGCCACAGAUGAAUGAGAAUUCUGACUUGUUUACUGUUGGCGGCGCCAUUGGCAGCGAAAACUUGAAACAAAGGUUAUCUGACCUUGUAAAUGAUGAGAAAGAUGAAGUGGUGCAAUUCUGGCACAACUUGAUUGAAGACUACAGCAAUCUGUAUAUACGUGAAAGACGGAUCAACGACUUAGAUAACCAUCUUGUUAGCGGUAUUCCCGAGAAUUUGCGGUCGUUGGUGUAUCUCAAAACGCUUCAGAUCAGAUACAAAAUCCACCACAAAGAGACUUACGAAAGUCUCGUUACUAAGGCAAGAUACGCCGAGAUCAAUAAGGAACAAGAAGGUUUGAUCGAGAGUCUAAAAUUGGACGCUCGGUUGAAGGACAUCAUCCGUGUUUUCAACUAUUACACGAACGAAAAGGCCCCAGUCAAAAUGAACAGCUCUGGUUCUAUAGAUGUGAACACCAGUCCUGGACGCGAGAAUGAGGCGACAACUCACUUACCACCUAACCAGUUUAUUAUAUCCAUCAGUAAAGUCGUAGAAUCAAUACCCAACCUAAGUAGCGAGGAGAUGCUCUAUGUGCUUCUUAAGUUGAACAAACUAUAUUCGUUUCUCAUCAAGGAGGAGCUCUUCUACAAGAUCAAUAGGACGUUGGAGGACUACAAUUCUGUGCUCUUCAAGUACAUUAGCAUCCAGGGCAUCAACUUGGAGUCGAUGUACAAGAAGGUUCUCUUCACUUUCUUUCAGGACAAGUUUGAGCCCGAGAAGCUUUUGAUAAUCCUCGAUUUUAUAGUGUUUCAUGGUUUCGACUUUAUUCUUCGUUUAUUGGCAUGGGCAUUCGCAGAAAAUGAAGACAAGAUAGCCGAACUUGAAGGCGACGAAUUAAACGAAUUCAUCAACUCCAAUGAGUUUUUCAGUGAUUUGAACUUUGAAAUCUUACAAGUAUUACAGCAGGACCCUAAUGUAAUCAAGUUUGAAAACGAGUACCAUUUGAUGACAGCCAACUCGUUGAACCGCAACAAUAAUGAGUUGAUGAACUUGCGGGAGGUCAACGACGACUUGCUUAUCAAGAUAAACGAGUUGAAUCGUCAACUGGAGAACUUGAGAAUAACCCAUGGUGAGAUCUUGGGCCAGAGUGAAUCCUACACUGUAGACUUGGAUAGAGCCGUAGGAGAAAAGCUUCGUUUACAAACUACCAGAGAUACACUUCAAGAAAAAUACGAGCAUUUGACUAUGAAAGAGAACUUGAAGAACACCAUAAAGGCCAAUGAAGAGUUUGCUGAUAGGAAUAGAGAGUUGGAAGAGCAGAUAGCUGAGAUACGGGCCAGUAUUGAAAAGAAGAAGGCCAAGCUCGCUAAA